UUUGAGAGCUUCCGACUGGCGCAAACAAUGAUUUUUGCCAUUGAAGAAAUAAACCAGAAUGAGAAUCUCCUCCCGGAGAUCACACUCGGGUAUCAGAUCCACGACGACUGUUCUUCCUCUGCGAAGGCUUCGAAUGCAGCGCUGGCUCUGAUCACCGGAGAAGAAGAUUCAGUUGAAUCCCUUGAAUGCAGAGGUUCGUCCAACGUCGCUGCUAUUGUUGGAUGCGAUAUGUCGACAAACUCCAUCGUGACAGCAAGAACAAUGGGUCCUUUCGGGAUUCCGCUGGUUAGUUACUACUCCACUUGCUCCUGCCUCAGCGAUAAGAGAGAGUACCCCACUUUUUUCAGAACUAUCCCAGGCGACCAGUACCAGUCCAAACUUCUCGCUGAACUUGUGAGAACUUUUGGUUGGACAUGGAUUGGAACCAUUAGAAGUAAUAGCGAUUAUGGUAAUUUUGGAAUGCAGGGAUUUGUAGAACAUGUGAGCAGGUUAGGGGUUUGCAUUGCCUACUCUGAGUCAUUCUACAGGACGGACCCGGCAGAGAAAAUCACUAACGUCGUCCAGGUGAUUAAACAGGCCUCUACUAAAGUGGUAGUGGCCUUUGUUGACAGUGGUGAAAUGCGAAUUUUAUUGAAAGAGAUUUGGCGUCAAAAUGUAACCGGUAUACAAUGGGUCGGAAGUGAAGCUUGGGUGACAAGAAACUUUCUCCCGGCUGAAGAAAGUGCAAUUUAUCUCACCGGUACAAUUGGUCCGGCCACCCGAAGGAUCGAGAUAGAUUAUCUCAGAGAUUAUCUGCAUAACGUCCAUCCUUCAGACUUUCCAGGCAAUGAUUUGGUGACGGAGUUUUGGGAAAAUUUAUUCACGUGCUCUUUUAGCACAGACAACAAGUCGAGCUCGGGGAAUUCUCCAGUUCAAAAUCGGCAAUGCACAGGGAAGGAACAGAUGGAAGGGAUAGCAAAUAGCUAUCUACCGCCGAUCAUGGACGGGAGUUCUUACCACGUGUAUACAGCGGUCUACUCCAUCGCUCACGCACUCCACGACCUAUUAACCUGUGUCGAAGGGGAUGGACGGUUUAUCAACGACACAUGCGCGCAUAUUGCAAACUUCGAGCCCUGGCAGAUGGUGAACUAUCUCCGAACCGUGAAUUUCACAGCGAAGAGUGGAGAAGCCGUAUAUUUUGAUGAAAAUGGUGACCCAGUUCCAAGAUAUGAAUUCGUGAACUUACAAACGAAUUUGAAAGGCAGCGUUGACAUAGUAAGAGUCGGAUAUUAUGAUGGCUCGGCGCCGGAAGGGAAUGAGCUAACGCUGAAUAUCAGAGAUAUCAUGUGGAGCACGACCGGAAAUACGAUCCCGCGAGCAGUUUGCUCAGAACCCUGUCUUCCUGGAUCAAGGAAAGUCAGCCGGCAGGGGCAGCCGAUGUGUUGUUUUGAUUGUGCAGAGUGCGCCGAUGGUGAGAUCAGCAAUGUCACUGAUUCUACCGAUUGCUUCACGUGUCCAUCGGAAUACUGGUCAAAUCAUGCAAAAACUCUUUGCGUUCUCAAGAAGGUUGAAUUUCUUUCCCUUGGAGAAGUUUUGGGGUUCGUAUUAGUGACGCUUACUCUGGUAGGAAUAUGCUGUACAUUGGUCACCGCUGUGAUUUUUUACCGGUACAGAGAAACUCCCAUGGUUAAAGCGAACAACUCCGAGCUCAGUUUCCUGUUGCUCCUCGCAAUCCUGCUUUGCUUCUUUUGCUCGCUCGCCUUCAUUGGAGAGCCAUCCCGCUGGACUUGCAUAUUGCGCCGAACGGCUUUCGGAGUUCUUUUCGUUCUUUGCAUUUCCUGCAUUUUGGCCAAAACCAUUCUUGUCGUGGUCGCCUUUAACGCAACUUCUCCUAACAGCAGCGUGAUGAAUUGGUUCGGAGUAGCGCAGCAGCGCCUGGGCAUCUUCGUCCUUACAUCUAUGCAAUGUGUAGUUUGCUUGGUCUGGAUAAGUGUGUCACCUCCCUACCCCCUGAAAAACAUGAAACAUUACAGAGAUAUAAUUAUUCUGGAAUGUGACGUGGGCUCGUUGACUGCCUUUUACUUAAUGUCGGCCUACAUUGCUCUGUUAUCGAUUGUGUGCUUAGUGCUUGCAUUCCCUGCCCGGAAACUUCCGGAUAGUUUCAACGAUGCCAAAUACAUCACCUUCAGCAUGCUGAUCUUUUGCGCUGUUUGGAUAACUUUUAUUCCAGCUUAUGUGAGCUCUCCGGGAAAGUACACAGUGGCUGUAGAAGUAUUUGCUAUUUGGGCAUCGAGUUUCGGUCUGCUCGUCUGCAUUUUUGUACCGAAAUGUUACAUAAUCUUAUUGAAACCGGAGCGUAACACAAAGAAACUCGUGAUGGUUAAAGGGGAUGCCUUGUAA